GAAAGAACGAAGUAGAGGAAGUGCUGCCCGCGCUAUUUAAGCAUAGCCAGGAAAAGUCGCUUGUCUACGCCAGUGAAGGAGGUUGAGGCGUCUUACGAUAAAGUAUUUCUGUCAUUGUAAGAAACGGGGUUUAGAUCACACAUGUCACAAUGUUGAUAAGCCCAGAUAAGGAGGCCCUGAUUGGCCGGGUGUUUGAAGCCUAUCUGACAGAGUAUCAUCAUGGGGACAUUCUCCAUCUCAUUGAAGAUAUUACUGAAGAGACCCAUCGCCCUGUUGUUGUUAAUGCCAUGACUUUGUUUGAAGCCAACAUGGAGGUUGGGGACUAUUUCAAUGCCUAUCCCAAUGAUGUCCUGGCUAUAUUUGAUAAAGUGUUACACAGAAAAGGCCUGGAGUUAUCAGAGAGUGCUUCUCCCAAACACUAUGGAGAAAAAGAAGAAAGAACAAAAGAGAGAAUGAGAUGCACUCUUCAUGUCCGCAUUACAGGUCUGCCAGUAUGUCCAGAGCUGACCAGAGACACCAUUCCCAGGUCCAGAGAUGUUGGACACUUUCUGUCUGUCACUGGUACUGUCAUACGUACUAGUGUUGCCAAGGUCCUGGAAUACGAGCGUGAUUACAUGUGCACAAAGUGUCGUCACAUUUUCACUGUGGAGGCUGAUUUUGACCAGUUCUAUACCUUUGUCCCACCGGUGGCCUGUCCUAAUCCUGAUGCCUGCAAUUCGUACAAAUUUAGCUGUUUGUCUGGAGGAUCUGAGCCUGCUGCCUGCAGGGACUUCCAGGAGAUCAAGAUACAAGAGCAAGUGCAGAGGCUGUCAGUGGGCAGUAUUCCUCGUUCAAUGGUGGUGGUUCUGGAGGAUGACCUUGUUGACAGUUGUAAAUCUGGAGAUGAUGUGACUGUGUACGGGGUGAUGUGUCAGCGCUGGAAGCCCUUUUAUGAUGGCACUCGCUGUGAUACGGAGCUGGUCCUGAAAGCUAACAACAUAGAAGUGAACAACCAGCAGGCUGCUGCCUCUUUUCUUAUGAACGAUGUUCAGAAAGAGUUUAACGACUUCUGGAUGAGCUACAAACAUGAUCCGAUAGCUGGUAGGAACCAAAUCUUGUCGAGCAUCUGCCCACAGGUAUUUGGCAUGUAUGUGAUUAAACUGGCAGUGGCCAUGGUGUUAGCUGGCGGGGUGCAAAGAACAGAUUCUUCUGGGACCAAGAUCAGGGGUGAGUGUCAUAUGUUGCUGGUUGGGGACCCAGGCACAGGGAAGUCUCAGUUUCUGAAGUAUGCAGCUAAGAUUAUGCCUCGCUCUGUACUCACAGCUGGAAUUGGAUCAACAAGUGCAGGACUGACAGUAGCAGCGGUUAAAGAUGGUGGUGAUUGGCAUCUGGAGGCAGGAGCCCUGGUUCUCUCAGAUGGUGGUUUGUGCUGCAUUGAUGAAUUCAACAGCAUCAAGGAACAUGACCGCAUCAGCAUCCAUGAAGCUAUGGAACAACAGUCUAUUAGUGUGGCCAAAGCUGGUAUGGUGUGUAAGCUGAACACUCGAACAACCAUCCUGGCAGCUACCAACCCUAAAGGCCAGUACAAUCCCAACGAGCCACUGUCUGUGAAUGUAGCUCUGGCCAGCCCUUUGCUGAGUCGUUUUGACCUGGUGCUAGUUCUGCUGGACACCAGAAACUCAGAGUGGGACCACGUCAUCUCCUCUUUCAUUCUGGAGGACAGAGGACUACCUGCUGAGUCUGCCAGCCUGUGGUCCAUGGAGAAAAUUAAGGCUUAUUUCAGUGUGAUUAAACGCUUGCAGCCGCAGGUGUCUGAGGAGGCCAAAAGCAUCUUGACACGUUAUUACCAGCUGCAGAGACAAAGUGAUGGCCGCAACGCUGCCCGCACCACCAUCCGCAUGCUGGAGAGUCUUAGCAGACUGGCUGAAGCUCAUGCCAGGCUCAUGUACAGAGAGACGGUGACCAUAGAGGAUGCUGUCAUAGCUGUCUCUGUCAUGGAGUGCUCCAUGCAGGGUGGUGCUCUGCUCGGAAAUGUAAAUGCAUUACUCACCUCCUUCCCUGACGAUCCCAGUCAGCAGUAUCAAAACCAGUGUCAGAUACUGCUGGAAGGACUGAACCUGCCACUGCUUCUACAGAAGGAGAUGGACCGACAGGCCAAGCUGAAAAGCAACAUCUCAGAGGCCUCUCAAUUUGACCCACCAGUUGAUUACCAACAUCAACCCAGAGACACAAACAUCAUCAACAAAACACGCUGCCCUGACAUAACCAAUAAUUGCAAGGGCGAUGUCACAGUGGAGAGUGGCUUGGACUGGUUCCUCUCCAUCACUCCAUCACUGUCAGAUGGUAUGACCUCAUCCAUAAUUACGUCAACUCAAGGAAACCUAAAUAGAAAACAAAGUUGGUCAGAUAUGUCUACAUUAACUAAACAGCCAAACUGUCAAUCUAAGGACAUUCCAAGUAUCAAUGGCUCAUCAUUAAACCAUGAUGUAAUUUCAAAUCCUAUUGAAACAGUUGCCUCAGUCACUUCAGAAGAAAAUGGAAAAAGUGAGAAAAACGUCAAAGAAAAAAGCUUAAACCAAAAGCAGAUUAAGCAAUCCAAGAAACCAGAAGAUAAAAAGCAUCCAGAUUCAACGGGGUGUGUGAUUCAGAAAGUCUCUAAGAAUCUGAGAGACAAAAGAAUGGAGCUGGACCUGAAUCAACAACAGUCUGACAAAGCGGGAGAAGGAGAAGGACAUGAAGAGAGGGUGAUGUCUGGAGAUACAAGUGAGAACUGCCUCUCAAAUAACUUAGUUCAGGAUAACCUGCUCUCUGGCCAAGACAGUAGAUUAGAGAAGAAAGAUGAGUGGGACCAGGCUAGGACCAAGAACAUCAGUACACUACUAAAUGAAAAGAUGGCAGCAGAAGCUGAAACAGAAAAACAAUUGAAUGCAAAGUUUUCCGGCUUUAGAUUCAAACCAAGGAAGAUGAGACCUUUAGUUCACAACCUUAAUGCCAGCCCAGAUGUCAGCACGGAGUUCCAAAAUAAUUGUAACCCAGGCAGCAGAGAUCCUCACACCUACAAAGAAAGCAGAAUAAGUAAACAGAAGCCAGAUAGUUAUGAUGACUCACCUGUCCCAUUUACAAACACAGAGAAGAAUAAGAGACAGAACCAAUACCAAAUUCUUUUGGAAUGCGGGAAGCAGUUGAACUGUGUCAGUGAGGUGGGAGAGAAACGGGCUAAAACCAGUAUUUCUUUUAGCUCAAAAGAGUUGGAUAAGUAUGACUUUUCCUUUGGAAAGGGCAAAUUGGCACAUGACAAAACUGUAGGUAGAAUAAAGGGAAGUGAUGAUACAGAAAAUCUGUGUCAAAAACAAAGAACCAGAGACACCACUUGCAAUGAGACUAACGUAGGUACUUGCGUCCGACCUUUAAAACCAACCACUUGCAUCAAUGAUCCAGCACCAUCUAAAUCAAGCCACACCAAGCCCACUCUGGCCCUUUCAACCCUGGCUAAACUCUCAAGUUUCUCGUUCAGCAACACAACUGAAUUCCCGAUCGCAGCUCAAAAAAAAGUGGAAAAAAAUCCUACUGCAGUGGGAAAAAGUACACAUAACAGACAUGGUGCUGAAUGCUCAAAAGCAAAUUCCAAAGACAAGAAAACUCUAAAUCCCCCCGAAAACAGUCCCUUAUUAAGAAAGAUCAACACUGUAAUCACCGCGGGCAAAGUAAAGGACACAUUACCUGCCCCAGCCACAGAGCUCGCACAAGAACUGGAACAUAAAUCAGGGAAAGAGUUACCAAUUGAAACCAAGUGCAAAGCAAAGCAGACAGAGCCUACUCAUGCUGCCAACCAUGUUAGUGUAAACAUGGUAAAGGAUGGUCUUGUUGACUAUGAAACCACUGCCAUUCUGAAAAAAAGAAAGUGUUUUGAGCUGGGUGCUCCACUAAGUAGUAUUGGUGGUUCUGAAGGUCCCUUCUCAAGACUGUCUCUGCCUGGCUUUGUUGAGUUAGGGAAUGAUGUUUUUGACACUGACUGGGACAAAGAGGUUUCAAAGAGAGCCAAAAUUGGAAGUCAAAGCUGAGUUAUGUGU